CCUAGCAAGCACACCCGUGGUUGUGAAAUAGUAUAGCAAAAAAGAAAAAUCCCUGGUUAUUGAUGUACUAGAUUUGUGUAUGUCUUUUAAAUAGUUCUAGUUUCACCUUACAUGGAAUAAUCAGGAAAAGUGUAAAAAUUCAAAAGCAAAAUAAAAAAUUUUAUGUUAGUUGUUUGUGAAUUGAUGUGUUAACCUUACCUCCAUCACUACCAGAUCUAACUCAUGAUCACACUUAUUUUUGGUUCUAUUUUCUUUUUAAAAAGGAAACAGGUUAAUUUUUAUUAUUUGGAAUCAGAAGUCAAGGUUUGGUGGCAAAGGGGAAGACAUUGUAAUAUCCUCUUUCCAUGCCUACCUUCCACAGGAAACCUUCCACAGCAAACCUUCCACAGCAAACCGUCCAGGUGUUAGAUGCUCUGUGGCUUGUAAGAUUUAGUAUGGAUGAUUACUUUGCAUCGCUUUCAAGCCCCACUCUUUUUUUUUUUUUUAACUGAGAUAAAACCAAGCUAGAGAUGUAACCAAGCCUUCUAAGUCUUGAUCAUCUCUAAGGUUAGUAUUGUGCCUGUCAUAUGUUUGUUGCUGUUUAUAAUAGCUUACCGCACUGUUUCCUAACGGGAGAUCCCCACCCCUUCUAAAAAUAUCUACAUUCCCAGGAGAGGAAAAAACUAGGGUAAAGGGAUGUUUUUUAGCCCAAGAUUAGAAUCGAUUGUUGCUCCCUUCUGUCCUUGGGAGCUACUCCACCUGUGGAAGCCACAUCCAGUAGUAGGUCAGUGGGAACCUACCUGCUUUGUUUCAGAAGAGAACAAGGUGCUUCAGAAGAGAAGCAAGGUGAAGAAUUGGUCUAAAAUGGACUUGGAUUUUAAUAACAUGGCCCUAUACCACAUGGAUUGGGCUGCAAGCUCAGAUUGACCAUCCUGUUACUUAGGGCUAUCUCGGCUCUGCUCAGCUGUUAAAUGCCUACUGUUCUCUUGCAGCUGGGUCACAAGUAACCUCCCUGUUGGAACGCAGGGAGAAUGGUUUAGACCACCGAGGUGGGAGGUAAUAUCGGAGGAAGGAAGAGGCCUUGGUAAUAAAACAGCCAGCGUCAAGGAAGACUUUAGUGGACCUUAAGAGUUCUGCGCAGCCCUUAGUCCCCAGUCAAAGCCUCCCACCCUAGGUUCAGUAGCGUGGAACUGGGGGUCAGGCUAUUUGAGAAACUUUGGCCGCUGGAUAGUAGUCUGCACACAAAUACUGAAAUAAGGGGUCUGGCUGGGAUUGUCCUUGACAAGAGGGUGUCUUCCCCACUGUCCAGAGAAGGAAAAUGGGUCCAGAGGCAAUGAAUGACCUGGGAUUAGAACCCAGUCUGCAAUCCCGUCCACCGCGUUUAUGGAGCUGGCUUCCCCAAGCCAGAACCGGCGCAAGGCUCUGCCUUCUUCGGGGCGGGGUCAGAGAUGCCCCCCACCUGCGCCUUUAGAAUCCCAGGGGCUCCCAGGUGGGGAGGGGCCGGGCGCUGGCGAUUGGUGCGCAGGAGCCCUGGGGCGGUAAAGGGAAGGGGCGGGCCAGUGCCGCCGACUGGAACCUCUCGCGCGGCCACCCGCCAUGCAAGCCGGCGGCCAGGGCUACCCCCUCUCCUCGCUCUACGUGGGCGACCUGCAUCCGGACGUGACCGAGGCCAUGCUCUACGAGACGUUCUCUCCAGUCGGCCCCAUCCUGUCCAUCCGCGUGUGUCGCGACGUGGCCACUCGGCGCUCGUUGGGUUAUGCCUACAUCAACUUUCAGCAGCCAGCAGACGCGGAACGGGCACUGGACACAAUGAACUUUGAGGUGAUCAAAGGCCAACCCAUCCGAAUUAUGUGGUCUCAGCGAGACCCAGGACUUCGAAAGUCAGGUGUGGGCAACGUCUUCAUAAAGAACUUGGAGGAUUCCAUUGACAGCAAGGCUUUGUAUGAUACCUUCUCUACCUUUGGGAACAUCCUCUCUUGCAAGGUGGCGUGUGAUGAGCAUGGCUCUCGUGGCUUCGGCUUUGUGCAUUUUGAGACCAAUGAGGCUGCACAACAGGCCAUCAGCACCAUGAAUGGAAUGCUGCUGAAUGACCGCAAAGUUUUUGUUGGCCACUUCAAGUCUCACCGGGAACGGGAGGCAGAGCUAGGGGCUCAAGCCCUGGCGUUCACCAACAUCUAUGUGAAGAACCUCCACGUGGACAUGGAUGAGCAGGGCCUGCAGGACCUCUUCUUUGAGUUUGGAAAGAUGCUGAGUGUGAAGGUGAUGAGGGACAACAGUGGCCACUCCCGGGGCUUUGGCUUUGUUAACUUUGAGAAGCAUGAGGAAGCCCAGAAGGCUGUGGACCACAUGAACGGAAAGGAGGUGAGUGGGCAGCAGCUGUAUGUGGGCCGGGCCCAGAAGCGAGGAGAGCGGCAGAAUGAACUGAAGCGCAGGUUUGAGCAGAUGAAGCAGGACCGGCAGACCCGCUACCAGGGUGUGAACCUGUAUGUGAAGAACCUGGACGACUCCAUCAGUGAUGAGAAACUGAGGACAGUGUUCUCUCCCUACGGAGUGAUUACCAGUGCGAAGGUGAUGACAGAGGGUGGCCACAGCAAGGGAUUUGGCUUUGUGUGUUUUUCCUCUCCAGAAGAGGCGACAAAGGCCGUGACAGAGAUGAACGGGUGUAUUGUGGGCACCAAGCCGCUGUACGUGGCACUGGCCCAGCGUAAAGAGGAACGGAAGGCCAUCUUGACCAACCAGUACAUGCAGCGCCUCUCCACGGUGCAGGCCUUGGGCCGCCCCGUCAUGGGCUCCUUCCAGCAGCCCAACAGCUACUUCCUGCCCGCUGUGGCCCAGCCUCCAGCCCAGGCUACAUGCUAUGGUGGCUCUGGCUCCGUGGCCCCCGUCCAGCCUGCCCCCAGGUGGACAGCCCAGCCACAGAGAGCGUCAUCUGUCUGCCCUCCAACUGCCUCAGUGGUCCGGCCACCAGGCUUGCCCCGGCGCCCCCGGGCCCAUGUCAGCAGUGUCAGGCAGGCCUCUACCCAGGUGCCGUACCUGGCACCCCACACCAAGAAAGUGGCCAACAUUGGUACCCAGACUAUGGGAGCCAGCAGGGCAUGCUCUACAGAAGGGCCAUCUCUCUCAGCUGUACUUACGGCCCAUGGGGUCCCGGAGCCUGCUGUGCACGUCCCUGGCCAAGAGCCCCUGACUGCGUCUAUGCUGGCUGCAGCGCCGCUCCAUGAGCAAAAGCAGAUGAUUGGGGAGCGUCUCUAUCGUCUUAUCCCUGAGGUUUAUGCUGCGCUGGCUGGCAAGAUCACAGGCAUGCUGCUGGAGAUCGACAAUUCAGAGCUGCUGCUCAUGCUAGAGUCUCCAGAGUCCCUCCAAGCUAAGGUAGAAGAGGCGGUGGCGGUACUACAGGCACACCAAGCCAUGGAGCAGCCGAAGGAGUACAUGCAUUGAAAAUGGCUGGGUGAGGGUGGGAGGAGCAGUGACAGAGCAGCUGAGCCUGGAAGUUGGAGAAAAAUGGGUACAGGCUGACUUUCAGAAACUCAGUGAGAACUGUCUUGUAUUGCUGGGUGGCUUUAUUUGAAGUGCCAAGGAGUCUGAGGAAACUGAGAGGAUCACAGAGAAGAUGCACUGUGUGAUAGAAAUGGUGCAGAAUGAAGGAGGUACUUGUGUCAGCCACCCUUUCUGGCUGCACACAAAAUAGGCUGGGCUUUUCCUGAGCAUUGCCUGGCUCCAUGCUACUUAUCUGAAGGCCGGGCCUGCCAUCAGCCACUUCACCUCUUUCUUAAAGACUUGGGUUCCUGCUGAUCUUUAGAAGCAUUUUUCACCCUUUCCUCACCAGAAAAUGGAAUCCUCACUCCCAUGGCUGCCAAUAGAACAGCAUUUCCUGCUCUCAGCUCUAAGGCCCUGUGAACUGUAACUUAUUUCCCAAUUGAUCUGCAUCUGUACUUGAGCUCUGGAUGUGGAAUGAAAACUGGUCACCUGGCUGGCCUCUUUUGUUCUGUGCAUUAAAAGUAUUGCAAAAUCUA